AAUUAGCUCAUUGAGGGUGAAAGUGUUACCAGUAAUGAGUAUGAGACUAAUGCAGUAAUUUUUUCUUCCUGACAGGCUGAUGUAGCCAAGGCUGCUUCACACCACUUUCCUGAACUCCCAAUUGCUCAUCCUGAACUGGGAAUAUCAGAAUAUCUGGCUUCUAAUGGACUGGUAAAACCAGGAAGAGAGUUAGAACAUUAUCCACACCAUGAUAGUGUACCAUCUGUUAGUCAUGAUAAGUGCUCUGUGAUCAAGACAGAAUUUGCUGGAAGACCUUGUAUAUUAAAGGAGCUAAGUGUUGACAGAGAAGUGGGGGACAUAGAAACUCUGAAGAAAAAUGCUGUUCACUUCAGCAGUGUAAAGAACCCUUACCUUAUGCGGCUGGAUGCUUUCUUUGCUAAGGGAAACAGGGCAUUUGUCCAAAUGCCUCUCUUGAUGAGUGCUGAAGAGUGGAUAGCUUUACAAGAGUGUUCACCUGAGGGUAUUUCUUUGGUUCUGAGGGACAUACUUGAGGCUCUUAAUUCACUGCACUCACAAAACAUUUUCCAUGGUUGUAUACACCUCCAAAGUGUAUUUGUUGAGAAAAGGUCUGGAGAGUACAGAGGAGUCCUAGAUUUUUACCCAUUUAUUAAUACACAAUCUAGCCCAUCACAAGAUAUGAAAUUAUUUGGAGAGUUAAUUGUGAAGAUGAAUUUUCCCAAUAAGGAUUCUACAACAACAUUCUCUCAGUUGACUGAGGAUGCAGAUCUGUUGGCUGUUCUUGGUGACUUGCUUGACACAGAUGAUUUUGACCGACUGACCGCUCAGCAAACCCUACCGCAUGCUUACUUUUGCAAGUGUGUUUGACCAAAAACAUCCCUUAAUUAAGGGGCUACAUAAGAUGUUUGUUGUAUAUCUGUGUUGCACGUGCAAUCAACAAAGCUUUGCUAUGGCUGUUGUUGUUGAUGUGGUACUUAUUGUUGUACCUUAUUCUUCAUUUAAAGUUCACGUUUUGAUUACCAAGAUGUAUUUUAGUACGCCAUUUGUUUCCUAGGAGAAACUACGCAAUGGAGCCUGUCCACUUAAUUAAAACCAUUCUUUCUAUCAACCCAUGUGGGAAAUAGGUAACUAACAGAUGUCACAAUAUUUUGAUACCCAUCUGGCUCUGGACAAAUUAUGCAUGUGAUACAUUGAAAACAAUUUCAGUUUGGUAAACUCAUGGUAAUUUAUUAGGUGGCAAGACAGCAGUGAAAGAAUCAGACCAAAAUAUUAAACACUUGUAUCUUCUCCCUAUAAUAUCUGAACACUAUCCAGCAAACAGGUAAUGAGAAUACUGAAACUUACCAGGUAGAAGUUAUCUUGAUCUUUAAUCAAAUUCUCAUGACUUAUUUACAACUAAAUAUGUAGCAGCUUGAAGGGAGGAUUAACAAUCAGAUCUUGGGUGUUAAAGCGCUAUAAAGGAAAAGGACAGAAAUGCUUCCUCUCGGCUACUGAUCUCAACAAUACUUGUCCUUUUGACACAUUUUAGUAUCUGUCAGCGAUUAACAUUCAGUGAAUUGAUAUUUACAUUCAUAGUGGUCAGAGGCCUUCUCACACAAAUUAUAAAACUGCCAUUAUAGUAGUUCUUGUUGCAUUGUGUUAACGGAUGUUAUGAUAAUAUAAUUCUGAGAUGUAUGUUUCUAUUUGCAAAGAUACUUUAAAAAAUAUUGAGAAAUCUAUCCCAAUUGAGAUAUUUAUUUUAUACUGUUACAGUUACCACAAGAUUUGUUUGAUAGGGAAUCUUUCAGACCAUCACAUUGUAUGACAAAUUAUUUUUUGAGAGACUUCUAUCAAACUAUUUAUUAUGAAGACAAUUUUGUGAAUAAUAAAGUUUAGUGUUACAGUU